AUGCCCAACCUUAUUGGUUCAGUUAACCAUUUCGAUAUCAAACGCAAAGCUCACGGCCUAAGCCGCCGGAGUCAGGAGCAGACAUGGAAUCCUUUUCGCCAUGUUUCUUGGGAUACCCGCCCCCGCAAGCGCUCCACCUGGGAUGGCGCCAACCUUGAAGCCCAGCGAGUGGUACCCGGCACCACGCCAGAGGAGGAGGAGACCGAAGAGCCCAUUCACCAUGUACAGAGCGAGCCUGCGCCCAGGGAUUCGGAUACAGUACGCAGCAUGAGCAAGGAGACGAGGUCAGGGACAGGCAGCGGUAGCGGUGAGACCAUGUUCGAAAACAAGGAGCAGGAGGGCGGCGCAGCCCUGAGGAAUCGCAAGACCGACAACUCGACGGAAGACAGGACGCCACCCGAGGAGGAAAGGGAAAAGCCCAAAAAGCAAAAGUCGGGUUUGAUCAAGCAUGUGCAGCCCAAGGCGCCCUUUACCGUUGCCAACCAACUGCAACGAACGCUUCUCAACUCGUGGAUCAACAUUUUGAUAUUGGCCGCCCCAGCCGGUAUCGCCAUCUCAUACGUCGGCUCGGUCAACAAGAUUGCCGUCUUCGUUGUCAACUUUAUCGCCAUUAUCCCGUUAGCAGCAAUGCUAGGUUUCGCAACAGAGGAAAUUGCACUGAGGACCGGUGAAUCAUUGGGAGGUCUUCUCAAUGCGACUUUCGGAAACGCUGUCGAACUCAUUGUCGCCAUUAUCGCUCUCGCUGAAGGCAAGGUACUCAUUGUCCAAACCUCUCUCAUUGGCUCUAUCCUUUCCAACCUGCUCCUCGUCAUGGGCUUCUGCUUUUUCUUCGGCGGCCUUCGUCGGCCUGAACAGUACUUCAACACCACCGUCGCCCAGACUGCUGCCUCUCUCCUCGCCCUGGCCGUUGCUUCCGUCAUUGUCCCGACCGUCUUCGACAAGAACGAUGGCACGGACAACAACGUUCACGUCGCUGCCCUCUCCCGCGGAACCGCCGUCAUUCUCCUCAUCAUUUAUGCUUCCUACCUCUUCUUCCAGCUCAAGACUCACCAGGCUGUCUUUAACGAGGAGUCGCAAAAGGUCGCCGCCAAACCGUGGAGCCGUGGUGGGCUGAAGGAGGGCGCGCUUGCUCGUGGCCUCGCCGGCACUGGUGCGCGCAUGGCACAAACGGGCGUCAGAGGCGAGAACGAGCGGGAGGAGCUGAGCAGGAUUAUGAUGCAGCGUCCUGCUGAAGAUGACGAUGAAGAGGAGGAUCCCCAGCUACAUUUCUUCGUUGCCGUCGGCACUCUCACCAUCUCCACUGUUUUAAUCGCUUUCUGCGCCGAAGCCAUGGUUAGCUCCAUCGAUUAUGUCACCAAGACUUCCGGCAUCAGCGAGGAGUUCGUCGGUCUUAUCCUGCUACCCAUUGUUGGAAACGCCGCCGAGCACGCGACGGCCGUUACUGUCGCUAUCAAGGAUAAGAUGGACCUUGCCAUCGGCGUCGCUGUCGGCUCUAGUAUGCAGGUCGCUCUCUUCCUCAUCCCGUUGUUGGUUAUCAUCGGCUGGGGCAUGGGCAACGACGCCAUGACCCUCAGUUUCGACUUGUUCCAGGUUGCCGUGUUGUUUGUUGCAGUCCUGCUGGUGAAUUAUUUGAUUGGCGACGGGAAGAGCCAUUGGCUCGAGGGGCUGCAGCUCAUCUGCUUGUAUGCCAUUAUCGCUGUGUGCUCGUGGUGGUACCCCGCCUCGGGCGUCGCCGGCUAA